GACAAGGCGCUGGCCUAUUUGACCCAGAAAACACAUAAUAAAAGUAGACGAAGCAAAAGUCUAGCUUUGCUUCUUUUCUUUCUUUAUUGAUUGGUAGGCCGUGUGCAUUUUUCUUAAUUGUAUUGAUAAUUAUAAUAUUAAUUAUUAUAAGAGUAAUAAUAAUUAUAUUAUAGUUUGAAGUUGAAGAAGAGAGGCUAAUCUGGGUUUGGCUUUAUCAUUCCCUCAAAAGAAUAGAAGGCGCUUUUUGUUUGAGUUCUAAGAAGAAAAAGAUUUCCAUGUGCAGCGGUUCUAAAAGGAAAGCAGCACAGACUUGUUUCAUCAUGGAUACUGAUUCUCAUAAACAAGACGGGCUUUGUUAUAAUUUCUCAAUUUUGCUUGAAUUGACAGCCUCUGAUGAUUUGCUUGGUUUUAAAAUUGCUAUUGAAGAAAAGGGUCAUGAUAUUGAUGAGCCUGGUUUGUGGUACGGUCGGAAGAGUGGUUCCAGAAAGAUGGGGUUUGAAGAAAGAACACCCCUCAUGAUUGCUGCCAUGUUUGGAAGCAAAGAUGUGCUUUGUUAUAUUAUUGAGACUGGCCGUGUUGAUGUUAAUAGGGCUUGUGGUUCAGAUGGGGCUACUGCGUUACACUGUGCUGCCUCUGGUAGUGCUGCUAAUUCGAUUGAAAUUAUCAAGCUCUUGCUUGAUGCUUCUGCUGAUAUUAACUCUGGGGAUGCUAAUGGAAACCGGCCUGCGGACUUGAUAUUCAAAGGUUGUCUUUUGGGUUUCCAGUCAAGGAAGAAGGUAUUGGAGUCUAUGUUGAAAGGUGAUGCUGCUGUGGUAGAAAUAGAUGUUCUGUGUGAUGGAGUGGUUAAUGAAGCGGGAAUACAAGAACAGCCUGAGAUUUUGACACCCCGAAUUUCUAAAGAAGGAGCUGAAAAGAAAGAAUAUCCUAUUGAUCUCACCCUUCCAGAUAUCAAGAAUGGGAUAUAUGGGACAGAUGAGUUUAGAAUGUAUACUUUCAAAGUCAAGCCCUGCUCAAGGGCUUACUCGCAUGAUUGGACAGAGUGCCCAUUUGUUCAUCCUGGGGAGAACGCUAGGCGCCGUGAUCCAAGAAAAUAUCAUUAUAGCUGUGUCCCAUGCCCUGAGUUCCGGAAGGGUACAUGUAAGCAGGGGGAUGCUUGUGAAUAUGCACAUGGUAUUUUUGAGUGCUGGCUUCACCCUGCGCAGUAUCGGACUCGUCUGUGCAAAGAUGAGACUAAUUGCAACAGGAGGGUAUGCUUCUUUGCUCACAAGCCGGAAGAGCUACGUCCUUUAUAUGCCUCAACAGGUUCAGCAGUGCCUUCUCCUAGAUCAUUCUCAACCAAUGGUUCUUCGCUUGACAUGGUGUCUGUCACCCCACUUGCCCUUGGUUCUCCAUCAGUUGGGAUACCACCAACAUCUACACCACCCUUGACUCCGUCUGGAGCCUCUUCUCCUAUGGGUGGAUCAAUCUGGCAGACCCAGCCUACUGUACCUACACUGCAGCUUCCUGGUAGCAGGCUGAAAGCUGCAGUUCAUGCUAGAGAUAUGGAUUUUGACAUGGAGUUGCUUGGUCUACAGAAUCAUCGGCGUCGGCACCAGCAAUUAAUUGAUGAGAUAUCUGGUCACUCAUCGCCAUCCGGCUGGAACAAUGCCAUGUCUGCUGUAUCACCCUUUUCUUCUUCUGGUGAUCGAACAGGAGAACUAAAUAGGCUUGGUGGAGUGAAACCAACUAACCUUGAUGACAUUUUUGGAUCUCCCGAUCCGACAAUUUUGCCUCAAUUACAAGGACUAUCAUUGGAUGCUCAAGCAACCAAAUUGCAGUCACCCACUGGCAUUCAGAUUCGACAGAACAUUAACCAGCAGCUCCGAUCUUGCUAUCCUUCUGGUCUCUCCUCUCCUGUGAGGGCGUCUCAGUCCUUGGGGAUUGAUCCUGCUGGGGCCACUGCUGCUGCAGUUUUGAGUUCAAGGUCAGCUGCCUUUACAAAACGUAGUCAGAGCUUCAUUGAACGGACUGCUGUGAAUCGGCAUUCUGGGUUUUCUUCACCAGCUGCUACCGUAACUGUGAUGCCUUCUAACCUGGCAGAUUGGGGUUCCCCUGAUGGUAAGUUGGACUGGGGUGUCCAGGGAGAUGAGCUGAACAAGCUGAGGAAAUCUGCUUCUUUUGGAUUAAGAAGCUGUAGCAGCAAUUUGGCCGCAUCUGCAUCCUCUGUGCCAGCAACUGCUGAUGAGCCAGACGUGUCAUGGGUUCAGUCCUUGGUGAAGGAUACCCCUACUGUGAAAUCUGGUCCGCUUGUCUUGGAGGAUCAGCAGCAGUGUCAUCUUAACACUGGAGUUUCAGAGAUGCUUCCUGCUUGGGUGGAGCAACUGUAUAUGGAGCAGGAGCAGAUGGUGGCUUAGUCCUGAUAAGCCCCGAUAUUGGUUUUCUAAAGUGAACUAGUUUUUUGGUUAUUUUUGCCUUUUUUUUUUAAUUAUUAUUAAUAUUCAUCAUCUGUAAGUGGAAAAGAGAUGGUUUUGGAGAGCGUCAAAGCAUUCACCAAGGAAGUUGAGUAGGAUUAAAUGCUUCUGCUCUGACCAUUCUUCAGUCCUGAAGAAUAAGUAGUUUACUUAUUUUCCCUAUAAUUUUGGUUCUCCUUUCAGCUGUUCUCAUAUACAUCCCAAAGUGGAAGAUGUGGGAAGCACAGUCUCCUGCCGAUGGGAGUAGAGAAGCAGAUUAGUUUAAACUGCCUGGAUUCAAUUAUUUUCUAUUUGCAGAAGGAAGAUAAAAAGACAUACUGAUUUAUUGGUUUAUUUUCGGAUAUGUAAAUUGUAAAAUUAAUUACCUACAUAAUAAAAUCUUAAUUUUAUCCUUUAUAUA